CAACCGCACUUGCAAUCGAUCGCCGAUCUGGAUCCGUCAAAGGAUCCGCCGCAGUCCUUGAAGACGUCGGCGUCCUCCGCCACCGGCAACAAGAUCCGCUACCGCUCGCCUUCCGCCUCUGAGCUUCUGGAGUCAGGACUCGCCACCGGAUUGUCCGGCAACCAUUCUCCUACCUCCGACUCUCAUCAGGGCCUUCUGUCUAUCGACGGUGGGAAGAUGACGGCGAAGCGAGCUAUCGGGCGGCACGAGUCUCUUUCCGACAAGAUCCAUCGCCAUCGCGGUCUCGUACUCCUGAUCUCGAUUCCCAUUGUGUUGAUCACUCUCGUGCUUCUGUUGAUGCCUGGGACGUCGACGUCCGUCUCGGUCAUUGAGGAGUACACGAUGAAAAACCGCGCGGGAGGCUCGAAUUCGAGGGGGCCCAAGAACUUCGCUGUGAUUUUCGAUGCUGGAAGCUCUGGUAGCCGCGUGCAUGUUUACUGUUUCGAUCAGAAUUUGGAUCUCGUUCCUUUGGGCAAUGAGCUUGAGCUCUUCCUUCAGCUAAAACCAGGGUUGAGUGCGUAUCCUAAUGAUCCUCGGCAAUCAGCAAACUCUUUGAUGAGUCUUCUUGACAAAGCAGAGGCUUCUGUUCCCAGUGAGUUGCGCCCGAAGACUCCUGUCAGAGUUGGGGCAACUGCAGGUUUGAGGGCAUUGGGUCACAAAGCUUCUGAAAACAUUUUGGAAGCGGUUAGGGAGCUGUUGAAAGAUAGAAGCAGGUUGAAGACUGAGGCAAAUGCAGUUACAGUUCUCGAUGGUACUCAGGAAGGUUCUUAUCAGUGGGUGACCAUCAACUACUUGCUAAGGACCUUGGGAAAGCCUUACUCAGAUACAGUAGGAGUGGUUGAUCUUGGAGGGGGUUCUGUUCAAAUGGCAUAUGCGAUAUCAGAGGAAGAUGCUGCAAAAGCACCAAAACCAUUAGAAGGCGAGGAUUCUUAUGUGAGAGAGAUGUAUCUGAAGGGACGAAAGUAUUUCCUUUAUGUUCACAGCUACCUACAUUAUGGGCUAUUGGCUGCCCGAGCAGAGAUUUUGAAAGUUUCUGAGGGCUCUAGCAACCCCUGCAUUGUGAACGGCUAUGAUGGUACUUACAAGUAUGGUGGAAAAGCGUUUAAAGCGGCAGCUUCUCCAUCUGGUGCAAGUUUAGACGAAUGCCGGCGAGUAGCUCUUAACGCACUAAAAGUCAAUGAUUCACUGUGUACACACAUGAAAUGCACAUUCGGUGGAGUCUGGAACGGUGGGGGCGGUGGUGGCCAAAAAAAUAUGUUUGUCGCAUCAUUUUUCUUCGAUAGAGCCGCAGAGGCCGGUUUUGUUGACCCGACGCAACCUGUGGCUACGGUUCGACCAGUUGACUUUGAGAAAGCAGCCAGCAAAGCUUGUAACAUGAAAAUGGGAGAAGGGAAGUCGAAGUUCCCACGUGUGGAGGAAGACAAUCUUCCUUACUUGUGCUUGGAUCUUGUUUACCAAUAUACUCUCCUCGUUGAUGGAUUCGGGUUGAAGGCAUCACAGACAAUAACGUUAGUGAAGAAGGUGAAAUAUGGAGAAUAUGCCGUGGAAGCUGCGUGGCCACUAGGAAGCGCCAUAGAGGCCGUAUCCUCACCUUGA